UGGCGGCAACACGAUGCAACAUCACACCAUUGGCAAACAUGGCCACGUGGGUUGAAGGCCACGCAAGUCAGCGAAUGACCGGAGCGAUGGUGGUUGUUGGCCAUUGAGACAAUCCAAGAAAGAAACGAAAAGAUUCGCACUCAUGCCCAAAUUCGCCCGCCAGUUUCGCUAUCGCAUUCAGGCCCAAUUCUGCCACCAGCUUCGCUCUAACCUGUUCAUUCCGCGCAGUGGUAUCCUGAGGACAAAACGCAGCAGCUCUCUCUCUCUCUCUCUCUCUCUCUCUCUCUCUCUCUCUCUCUCUCACAGACACACACACACACACACACACACACACACACACGCACGCACACGAAACAGUCUGGCACACUCAUGAUUUUUUUUGGGGGGAGUUGUGUAAAGCGAACAUGACAACAAACACACACGCACAUUUUUAUGGGAAUGGGGCAGGAUGUCUGGGUAUCCAUGAGGUGGUUUUAGGGGGGUAGAAGAAGAUAGGGUUAAUGGGAGGUUUCCCUAGUGCUGUAGAAGAAGAUAGGGUUAAUGGGAGGUUUCCCUAGUGCUGCUGCUGAUCUUCUCGUUCUCUGGCAUCUCUUUGCUGGUCUUUGAAUAGGGAAUUUCCGGAAAUAGAAAGUUUUGGCCCCUUCACAAUGAGCGCUGUCACGAUGGAACGGUCCUGCGUUCAGGAAGAGGGAAUUCCGCGCUCGGAUCAGCGGUGAUCUGGCGUCUCCCUAGGAGGGAAUCGGCGCGCAGUACGCGUGGGGAGUCAUUGCACUGUCGCUUGCACAUCUAGUUUCUGCUGCGUGGUCUGCUCCCUUUCCUUCUCAUCUCUAAUUAUCCGAGCUCCACUUCAUUUGCACACACUCUGGUUGAUCGGCAGAUACUUCAAGGAAUGUUCCAGGUUCCUACCCGGACAGUUUGCGAACCUGGGUAGUUCUAUGCUUGUAAGGUUAGUGGUACUCUAUUUUGAGCUUGUAGGGUUAUUUAGGGCAUCGAGGGGAUUUGCUCAUAUACCGCGAUCACCUCACCCCAACACGAACACACACGGAGAGAGAGAGAGAGAGAGAGAGAGAGAGAGAGAGAGAGAGAGAGAGAGAGAGAGAGAGAGAGAGAGAGAGAGGUUGUGGUGGUCAGAUGCCGGCGGCCAUGGCGGGGAUCGAGAUAGAGCCACAGUCAUUCAAAAAGCUUUGCCUGAAAUCUCUGAAGCGUACGUACGAUCUGUUCCUGGACGACCUCAUCGACGGUGAGAGGGGACCACGAGAUCUCAAGAGCCGGAAUGUUCGCAUUGCCUGCAAGAUUCUGGACGAGUACAAGGCGGUGAAGGACAUGCCUCCUCCACCAGUCCCACAAAAGGAGGCCAAGGCGGCAGAAGGUGACACUCAAAAUGAAGGCGUGGUCAGGACGUUGGUCCCGGAGAAUGCAAAUGCAAAUGCGAGUGUGCACAUUGAUGGUGCUUCCGCAGCACCUGCUGUUGCUGGAGCCCAUCCCUAUCCGAAUGCUCCAGGAGUGCAUCUAGAAGGUGGUGGAGCUGCUGCAGCAGCGACCGGUGAGGCAGAGAGUAGGACUUCUGGGCAAGCAAUGCAGCUUGACACGGAAGUCGGGACUGGAGACCAGGCCCCACUUACUCCAAGUGAGGGUGUUGAUGCCUCAAAGCUGGUGGCGGCUGGCAUUGCUGAUUACAAGACGGCUGGUUCCCUUGAAAGGUACAUGCCUAGUGCAGCAGUACUCAAACGACUGCCCAGCAAGUGGCCAAAGCCAGUGUGGCAUCCUCCUUGGAAGAAUUACCGGGUUAUCAGCGGCCAUUUGGGAUGGGUCAGGUCCAUUGCAUUUGAUCCCGGAAAUGAGUGGUUCGUGACGGGCUCUGCGGACCGAACAAUUAAGAUCUGGGACCUUGCCACUGCGCAGUUGAAGUUAACGCUUACGGGACACAUUGAGCAGAUCAGAGGGCUUGCAGUGAGCUCCCGACAUCCCUACCUGUUUUCGGCUGGUGAUGAUAAGCAGGUGAAAUGCUGGGACUUGGAGUACAAUAAGCGUUUAUUAGCGGAUAGAGGAAUGGGGUGCCGCCGUGGGUAUCGCUGCGGCGAUAGUCGAAGAGGGGAGCAUCUGCGCUAUUCGUGUCGAGGGGGAAAUGGGGGAAGUGUGAUCACAUUCUGGGGUCUGAGAUGCGCGAGGAAAAUGAGGGCAUUGUGGGGUCGGAAAUGGGGGAAGCGUGAUCGCAUUGUGGGGAAAUGGGCGAAACGGGAUGGGGAUGGUACAAGAACGAUUCACGAAACUGGCCUUGAGGACAGUCGUGUGGUGAUGGGAAUGCUACGUAACGGGAGAGAAGCAUAGUCAUUACUUAUACUCAUUACGUAUACGUAUUGUGAAAUCUAUCCGACCGUGACACUGUCAGGGAAUCGUGCAUUUUGGGAAUCAGCGCAAAUUCAGGGAGGUGGGCAUGCAGUCUGCGCGACGGGACGAAUAAAUGAAUAAAUAAGCAAUAUGCAA